GCUUUCUUUUGUUCCUCUUUUUUUAUUUGACGUUUUUCACCAACGCAAAUCAAUAAAUUUAAUAAUCCAACAUGGAUAUUCCAUCGUUGCAAGAUAUGCAACAACCCAAGAACAAUCGUGAUGAAGAAUUCAGACAUAGACAUAACCACUCUUCCGAUGAAUCUACCAUCGAAGGUGUGCAUGGAAAAGAAGAAAUCAACUUGAGCGACAAUGAAACUACCACCUAUCAAAAUCAGCAAAAUACUACCGCCGGUGGCUUCGGUGAAGCUGACGGUAACGCUGUCAACAUUGAAGAUGCGAUGAGCAACUACGAAGAAAUUAGAAGAGAAUUAACUCACCAAUCUCGUGUAUCUCGCCGCAAAUCCAUUUCUGCUGGUGAAGCUGAAAAGGGCGAUGUAAGAGAUUUUGAUUUGACUGACUUUUUGCGUGACCAAAAUGAUCAAGGUGAAGCUGCUGGCUUCUAUCCUAAGCAGAUGGGUGUCAUCUGGAAGAAUUUGACAGUUCAAGGCCUUGGUGCCGAUGCCAAAACGAUUCCUACCAAUUAUACCUGGAUGCGUGAUUUUGUCAAGUUCUGGAAAUGGGGCAAGCAUCAAGGUCACGAUUUCACUAUCCUUAGAGACAAUGACGGUUUUGUCAAAGAUGGUGAAAUGUUGCUUGUUCUUGGUCGUCCUGGUGCUGGUUGUACUACUCUCUUGCGUGUACUUUCUAACAUGCGUGCCUCUUAUACCAAAAUUGAAGGUGAUGUCCACUAUGGUGGUAUCGAAGCCAGAGAAUUUGCCAAGUAUUUCCGUGGUGAAGUCUGUUACAACGAAGAAGAAGAUCUUCACUACCCUACUUUAACUACUAAGCAAACAUUGAGCUUCGCCUUGAAGAACAAGACUCCCGGUAAACGUUUGCCUGACGAAACAAAAAAAGAGUUCAUCAACAAGAUUCUCUACAUGCUUGGUAACAUGCUUGGUUUAACUAAACAAAUGGAUACCAUGGUCGGUAACGCUUUUGUCCGUGGUCUUUCUGGUGGUGAACGUAAGCGUCUUUCUAUUGCUGAACAAAUGACAACUCGUAGUUCUAUCAACUGUUGGGAUUGUUCUACUCGUGGUCUUGAUGCCUCUUCUGCUCUUGAUUAUGUUCGUUCUCUUCGUAUCAUGACUGAUAUUAUGCACAAGACUACUAUCUCUACUCUUUACCAAGCUUCUGAUAGUAUCUUCCAUCUCUUUGACAAGGUCAUGGUUCUUGAUGAAGGUCGCUGUAUCUACUUUGGUCCUACUUCUAUCGCCAAAUCUUACUUUGAAGAUAUGGGGUUCUAUUGUCCUGAUCGUAAAUCUACUCCUGAUUUCUUGACUGGUCUCUGUAACAUGAAUGAACGUCAAUACCGUGAAGGAUACAAGAACUCAGUUCCUAUCAAUGCUGUCCAAUUCGAAAAGGCCUACAAGGAAUCUUCUGUCUAUGCUGAAAUGAUGAAAGAACGUGAUGCCUAUGAAAACAAGAUUCAACAAGACCGUCCUGAUGAAAAAUUCCGUCAAGCCUUUGUUGAAGCUCAUCAAAAGCACGCUCCUAAGCGAUCACCUUUUGUUGCCACUUACUAUCAACAAGUCAAGUCUCUUACUGUUCGUCAAUUCCAACUUAUCCUCGGUGAUAAGGGUGCUCUUAUCUCUCGUUAUGGUGGUGUCGUUGUUAAGGGUCUUAUCAUGGCUUCUUGUUUCUUUAUGAUGCCUACUGAUGCUUCUGGUGCUUUCUCUCGUGGUGGUUCUUUCUUAUUCUCUCUCUUGUUUAAUGCUUUGAUUGCUCAAUCUGAACUAGCAGCUUUCAUGCAAGGUCGUCGUGUGUUAGAAAAACACAAACACUAUGCAUUAUACCGCCCCUCUGCUUUCUAUAUUGCUACUGUUGUCGCUGAUAUUCCCUUGGCUAUUAUUCAAGUGCUUAUUUUUGAAAUCUGUGUCUAUUUUAUGAUGGGUUUGAUCCUUGAAGCAGGAAGAUUCUUCACAUUCAUGAUCAUUCUUGUGGUGACUAACCUUUGUAUGAACGGUUUCUUCCGUUUCUGGGGUGCUGUCAGUCCCAACUUCUUUACUGCCUCUCAAUUGUCCAGUAUUUUGUUGAUUGCCUGUUUGAUUUACUGUGGUUAUCAAAUUCCUUACAAGCAAAUGCAUCCAUGGCUUUUCUGGAUUUAUUGGAUCAAUCCUUUGGCUUACGGUUACAAGGCCUUACUUUCAAAUGAAAUGAGAAACCUCCAUUUCAGCUGUGAAGGUGUUGGUAGUGUUCCUUACGGUCCUUCCUACACGGAUCAACAAUACAAGACAUGUGUCCUUAACGGUGCUAAGCCCGGUGCUGACUAUGUUCUUGGUGAUGACUACUUGGCUGAUGGUUAUGGUUACUAUGUCUGGCAACGUUGGAUCAACUUUGUUGCUGUCAUUCUCUUCUUCUUGUUGUUUACUGUUCUUACUGCUCUUGCUAUGGAAUAUGUCGAGCUUCAAAAGGAAGGUUCUAUUACCAAGGUCUACAAGGCUGGUAAAGCUCCUAAGGUUAUGGACGAAUCUCAAGCUCUUGAACAAACUGUCACUGAACAAGAAGAAAAGAUGGAAGCUGUCACUGAUGGUACCACUUUCUCCUGGCAUCACAUGAACUACACUGUCCCCGUCAAGGGCGGUACUCGUCAACUCUUGAAUGAUAUUGGUGGUAUUGUCCGUCCUGGCCAUCUCACUGCCUUGAUGGGUUCUUCUGGUGCUGGUAAAACUACACUUUUGGAUGUCUUGGCUAAACGUAAGACUAUUGGUAAAAUCGAAGGUCGUAUCUACUUGAACGGUGAAGUCCUUGGUCCUGAUUUUGAACGUAGUACUGGUUACUGUGAACAAAUGGAUGUGCAUAACCCUGCUGCUACUGUUCGUGAAGCUCUCAAAUUCUCUGCCUAUCUUCGUCAACCUGCUGAAGUCCCCAAGGAAGAAAAGGAUGCUUAUGUUGAACAAAUCCUUCGUCUUAUGGAAAUGGAAAAGAUUGCUGAUGCUCUUGUUGGUGAUCUCGAAGCCGGUGUUGGUAUCUCUGUUGAAGAACGUAAGCGUUUGACUAUUGCUACUGAAUUGGUCGGUAAACCCAAGCUUCUUUUCUUGGAUGAACCUACUUCUGGUCUCGAUGCUCAAUCUUCUUUCAACAUUGUCCGUUUCAUUCGUAAGCUUGCUGAUGCUGGUUGGCCCGUUUUGUGUACCAUUCACCAACCUUCUGCUACUUUGUUUGAACACUUUGAUCACCUUUGUCUCUUGGUUCGUGGUGGUAAGACUGCCUACUUUGGUGAAAUUGGUAAAGAUGCCUCUACUAUGAUCAAUUACUUUGAAAAGAAUGGUGCAGCCAAGUGCUCUCCCAAUGCUAACCCUGCUGAAUACAUUCUCGAAUGUGUCGGUGCUGGUACCAGUGGUAAAGUCACCAAGGACUGGAGUGAAGUUUGGGCUGCUUCUGAUGAAGCUAAGGCUCUUGAAGAAGAACUCGAAGAAAUUCAUCGCUCUAUUAACAAGGAUCAUAAGAACACUAGAAGUGCUUACUCUCUUAAUUUCUUCCAACAAUUCUGGCUUGUCUACAAGCGUAUGAAUGUCUCAUGGUGGCGUUGCCCUACUUACAACAUGGGUCGUCUCUUCAACGUUUGUUUCAUUGGUCUCAUUUCUGGUUUCUCUUUCUGGAAGUUGGGUAACUCUCCUGCUGACAUGCAAAACCGUAUGUUCUCUGUCUUUACUACACUUUUGAUGUCAAACGCUCUUAUCAUUCUUGCUCAACCAAGAUUCAUGCAAGAACGUAUGUGGUUCCGUAGAGAAUAUGCCAGUAAAUACUAUGGUUGGGCUCCUUUCGCCUUGUCUUGUUUGUUGGUCGAAAUUCCUUACUUGAUUUGUUUCAGUGUUCUCUUCUUGUUCUGUUUCUACUGGACUGCCGGUCUUCAAAACGAAUCUGACCGUGUUGGCUUCUUCUUUAUUCACUUUGUUGUGUUCUUGUUCUACUCUGUCUCUCUUGGUUUUACCAUUGCCGCUUUCUCAAGCACACCGCCUAUGGCAGCUGUGAUCAAUCCUUUCUUCACAUCCAUCUUGAUUUUGUUUGCUGGUAUCAUGCAACCUCCAAGUGCCAUGCCUCAUUUCUGGAGUGCCUGGAUGUACUGGGUCGAUCCAUACCAUUAUCUGAUUGAAGGUCUAGUCGUCAAUGCUUUAGACAGUGUUCCUGUUAUUUGUGGUGAUGGUGACUUUGUUACUAUCAAUGCACCUCCUGGUCAAACAUGUCAAGAAUACAUGUCUGAUUUCUUUGCAUCUGGUGGUUUAGGUUAUCUUGGUAACCCUAACGGUACUGAUGUCUGUAACUAUUGUCAAUACAAUACCGGUGGUGAUUUCUACGAGCAAAGAAUUGGUUGGUCCUUCUCUAACAGAUGGAGAGACUUUGGUAUCCUUUGUUUAUACACCGUCUUUAACUGUUUCGCUUUCUGCUUCUUUGUAUUCUUGUUCAGAAAAGCCAAACGAUAAAAAAAAAAAAGAAGGCUUCAAAUCUUUUUUAUAUAUACAUAGAUAAUAUAUCAUUUUUCAUAUUCAUAUUUGCUUAAUUUCACUUUUUUUGUCUAAUAAUCAAUUAGAAAAAUAAAAUUUCAUUUUUUUUUUUUUUUU